UCUCUCUCUCUACCUCUCUCUCCCUUUCCCUCUCUCUUUCGCUCUAUAUGCUGCGGACUUUUUGGGAUCUCCUGAGUAGGGCGCGAAUGCACACAAGUACGAGACGCAGAUAGGAAGAGAGAAACGGACGAGACCGGAUAAAACGAGCGGGCGAGUGAGCGAUCGAGCGAGCUAACGCCCGCGCGUGCGACGUCUCGCCGCGCGAGGGCUGAGAACGGCGACGCAGCGUGCUCCGCUAGCGAGCGAGCGACAAGUGGAGAGAGACACGAGCGCGCGGCAUGGAGACCCUCGAAUCGAGCCGCGUGUGCCGCCUCUGCGGCCAGCAGUCCGGUAUAUCCAUCAACAUCUUCGAUGAGAAUGAGAACCAUGUCAGGAAAAUCAACACGGUGCUGCCGAUCAUGGUUCACGAGAUGGACCUGCUGCCGAAGCACAUGUGCCACCGAUGCAGCUACAAGCUGGAGGAGUUCCACAAAUUCUACGUGGACUGCCUGAAGACGGACACGACGCUGAAGAACCAGUUGUCCUGGAUGCAGAAAGGCCACGGCAGCGGCAGGGAGAAGAACAGCGUGCCGAUGGUGCAUAUCGAGAACGUGAACAUUAAGACGGAGCCGUUGGACUACGAUGUGUACGAGCUGGAGCCGAUAGUCGACAACAUCGACUACAUCAACUCAAUGGCGAACUCCGUGACGUUCCCGGCCGACUGCAUACGUGACGGCCUGACAUACGCAGCGUUCUCGCGCUACCGAUGUUGCUGUGAUAAGGACCAAAGCAGACGAAGGAGUAAGCUGUGUCGGAAUUACGAGGGCUCGGUGUCCAGGUGCACCGAGAUCGCGAACAACUCGCGGCGGAGAGCGGCUCUUGAAGACGCUUGCGUCAGGCUGAAGUCGGCUAAGCGGAAGGCUGCGUUCGCGUGUGCGCUUCAAAAUCGACCACGAGACCGUCCGUCAUGUCUCGACACUGUCGAAGAGGCGCGAGUUCGCCUCACCAGCGCGGAAGCCGAAGAUACGCCCUCUCAGGACACGCGGAAUCGUUCUCAUAGUAGUAAGUACGUGGCGGUUGCUGAAACGUCUCUUCAGACGGCUGAUUUCUCCAGCAGCACCGUGGUGAGAAACUUGAGGCCUAGGAAGAAUUUGAUAAACUACGCGCUGAACAAGAAGCCAAUGUUGAAUGUUCAGGGACCAUCCACGAAGAAUAAGACGAACCGCGCCAACUCGAGCGUAAAUCCCGCGUCGGGCCUCGAGCUGACGCGGCAGAUCAAAGUGGAGCAGCUGGACGAGCUGGAGGGACGUACCUUGAGACCGAGGAUGAACGUUGUUAACUAUUACGGACCGAAGAAAAAAAGUACAGCAUCGGAGUCGGCACGUCGCGAGCAGAGAAAGAAAUCAGAACUGCCGCGUUGCGCGAAGAGAAGCAAACUGGACGAUGUAAGUCGGAGCUCGAAGCUGCAAUCGAAAGACAAGGAUACACCGAAUGAGCUGAAGUUGAGGAUAAAACAGGAAACUCCGGACGACUUGAAUGAUGUGAUGCUCGACGAAACGACCAACGUGAUGUCCGCGUUAGCGAACAACCAUGCGAAGGUCGCCGAUUUGCCGGCGACGGUGACGGCAUUGGCGAGCAAUGCCAGUGUCAAUCUGCGAGACAGUGUGAGUUACCUUGGAUCCAACCGAUUGCAACCCGAUGACAAGUUCCAGCUGAUUAAGGACAAGUCGAUCGUCGCCACGAGUACCAAGAACAGGUCUGUGAGGUCGAAGAAGGUCGGUCGUUUUAUCAGGAAUAAUUAUGCGUCCAAGUGCCUGAGGAGUCAGAAUACCUACCUGAGGAACGGCAAGGUGCGCAGAUACGACUACGUGAAGUGGUCGGUGAAAAAGCUACAUCCGAAGAAUCUGAUAGAUGCGGUAGCGAAGAACGCGAAGAAGGUACCGGCAAUGCUGAAGUUGGCCGAGAGCAUCAAACAUUAUUGCGAGACGUGUAACGUUAGCUUCAUGAAUAUGGAACUGUUCAGGCUUCACGUGUGCUACUACGAUUGAUUUCCUCUUAGUGAUCGUGUGAUAUUCGAACUAUUGGAUACGAAGGACGUCCAAAAGACGUCCGAGAGCUCAGGAAGACGACGGUUUUCUAAAACCCAAAUAGACGCUCGGUAGAGUGAGAACUUUGCGCUGAAUGACAAAUAUUUACCAUAAAAACCAGAGAUUUCUUUCGUGUGAAAGGAUAUUCACGAAAAAAGGCUUCCAGACUUCCAUGGUAGAUAGUACUAAGUAAAGAGUUAUACUAGAUAGAAAGUACUUAGUAAGUAUAAAUCGAAAAGCCAAGCCUCUUAGAGUUAUAAACGUUUCCGAUUUUGGCAACGCGCUUCCAUCGAUCAUGCGCGAUAAAAAAAGUACAAAUAUCUUACCAUAUUAUUACUCCGAUCUCUACGAAAAGUGUUCUGCGCGUGCCCUCUUUUCUCUUUACUUCGGGAUGAAUCGGUUGUAUGGCUUUCUCGAUCUCCCGACUUAAAUUUACUGGAUUUCCUUUUAUGGGGAUGCAAGAGAAGCUUAGUUUAUUCUUCAAGCAUCAUAAAUAAUAUGUAAGAAUACAUCAGUGAAUUGAAGAUGCAGCUGAACAGAUUCGACGAUACAGCUUGCGAUACUGUAAUUCAAAGAUGUCAAGCGUGUGUAGAAAUGCAAAGAGGACAUGUAGAACUAUAGUGUACUUAUUGUGAACAAAGCGAUGAUAAACUAAUAAUAUGAUAAGAUAUUCAUUUGUUUAUCCAAAAUUAGAAAUUGAAUUAAAAUCGAAGGACGUUUGUAACUGUCUUUCUCUCUUUCUGAGAGAAAGUUGAUUUUUCGAUCUAUAUUUAUCAGGUACUUUUUACUCAAUAUAAUGAAUAUAAAGUAUCCUGUAAGGGAGUCUGAAACCCUGUUUUGAACAUCCUGUUUAUUUACAUAUAUAAGUGGUGUUGAAAAUUUCGAUUAAUAUUCGAAUAUUUUGGAUAGUAGCAGGGGUUUACUUAUGUUUAAGUAUUUGGAAAAUGAUGGGACGGUUAUCCGAAAAAUGUGCCUGUCCUUGAAAAUGUAUUCAAAAUAUCCUCGUACUAUCUUAGUGCCAACCAUAUAAGUUCUUUUUUUAAAAAUCGGAUCAUUUUUUCAAAAUCGGAUCUUUUUUUCAAAAUCGGAUCUAAUUAACAAUAUUAAGGAUUCUAAUGAAAAAUUAUGUAUUUGUUGUUGCUUAUACAUCAUAUUUUGAUUGUACAUGAUAUUAGCAGCAUGACAGUACUUGGCAAUCGUUUGUUAUAAAUAAAGAUAUAUACAUUAUACAUAUAAAGAUACGUAAUUGUGCUUACAUAUUUUUGCCGAUUUACAGGAUAUUAAAGCUAUGACGAUCGUUGCGAUAUACGCUUAAGAUUUUAUGUAGUGAUACACGAGUCGCCUUCAAAAAAUAAGAAUACGAAUAUAUAUAUA